GCAGAUUUCCGGCGGAGACAUCGACUGCGGGAAAUGGCGCUCGCCAGUUUUUUGCCGGCUCCCACACAGCUGUCUCAGGAUCAGCUGGAGGCAGAAGAGAAGCUGAGAGCUCAGAAGUCUCGGCAGACGGCGCUGGUUGCGUCCCGGCGAGAGCCGCCUCCUUACGGGCACCGGAAAGGCUGGGUUCCCCGCUCUCUCGAGGAUUUCGGAGAUGGAGGGGCCUUUCCAGAAAUUCACGUGGCCCAGUACCCCCUGGACAUGGGGAGGAAAAAGCGCAUGUCCAACGCCCUGGCAGUGCAGGUCGACGCGGAGGGAAAGAUCAAGUACGAUGCCAUUGCCCGGCAGGGACAAGGAAAGGAUAAGGUUAUUUUCAGCAAAUACACAGAUCUGGUGCCGAAAGAGGUGAUGGAUGAGGAUGACCCGGACUUGCAGAGACCGGACACGGAGGCCGUUAAAGAGCUCACAGAGAAAACCCGCCAGGCUUUGGACAAGGCCGUAUCCCAGAAAAUAGCGGCAGCCAUGCCAGUCCGAGCAGCUGAUAAGCUGGCGCCGGCUCAAUACAUCAGGUACACCCCAUCGCAGCAGGGGGUGGCUUUCAACUCUGGAGCCAAGCAGAGGGUGAUUCGCAUGGUGGAAAUGCAGAAGGAUCCAAUGGAGCCCCCACGAUUCAAGAUUAACAAGAAGAUUCCCCGCGGACCCCCAUCUCCUCCAGCGCCCGUCAUGCAUUCUCCCAGUCGGAAGAUGACGGUCAAGGAGCAACAAGAAUGGAAAAUCCCCCCCUGUAUCUCUAACUGGAAGAAUGCCAAGGGUUACACCAUCCCACUUGACAAGCGUCUGGCGGCCGACGGCCGGGGCCUUCAGACUGUGCACAUCAAUGAGAACUUUGCCAAGCUGGCUGAGGCCCUGUACAUCGCCGACAGAAAGGCCCGGGAAGCUGUAGAGAUGAGAGCCCAAGUGGAGAGAAAAAUGGCUCAAAAGGAGAAAGAGAAGAAGGAAGAGAAGCUGCGCGAGCUGGCGCAGAUCGCCAGGGAACGCCGCGCCGGGAUAAAGUCGCACGCAGAAAAGGAGGAUAGCGAUGCAAGAGAGCGAGAAGAAAUCAGGGACAACAGACGGAAAGAGCGACAGCAUGAUCGCAACCUGUCCAGGGCGGCCCCUGACAAGAGGUCCAAACUGCAGCGGAAUGAGGAGCGAGAUAUCAGUGAGCAAAUCGCACUGGGGAUCCCCAACCAGCGCAGCUCCAGCGAGCUCCAGUACGACCAGCGUCUCUUCAACCAAAGCAGGGGAAUGGACAGCGGCUUCGCGGGUGGAGAGGACGAGGUGUAUAAUGUGUAUGAUCAGCCGUGGAGGAGCAGUAAGGAAAUGGCACAAAAUAUCUACCGCCCCAGCAAGAACGCAGACAAUGAUGUGUACGGCGGUGAUCUGGACACGCUAAUGAAAACCAGCAGGUUUGUCCCGGACAAAGAGUUCUCGGGUACGGACCGUAGGAAUCGCAGGGAGGGGGGACCUGUUCAGUUUGAGGAGGAUCCCUUCGGUCUGGACAAGUUCUUGGAGGAGGCCAAGCAGCACGGAGGGUCUAAGCGCCCGUCCGACAGCGGCCGCUCCAAGGAGCACGAACACGAUGGGAAGAAACGCAGGAAGGAGUAAGAACUGCAGCCCUGGGCCGGUC